AUGAAUCGGGCUUUUUCCCAGUGCGUAGCCGGGCCUGGCGGCCGCGAGCCCGAAUCCAGAAUCCCAGGCCCCGCCAGGCCCCAGUCGGCCUGCCCGCCGCCAUUCCGCCUCGCCGCGGCGCGGGCCUUGCCCGGCGCCUGCGCUCGGCAGCCGCGGCCCGAGUCACUGCGACACCGCGGCUCGGGCCGGGCCUGCGCCGCCGCCGCUGGGCCCUGGUGGCCGCCGGCACUCACCCGCGUCUCCCGGGUGCCCCCAAGGCUCCGGCGACGUGUCCGCUCCCUCGCUGGGCCCGGGCCCCGAGAAACCCCGUCCCGCCAAGGUCUGGCUGCGUCCCUCAGCCGCCCGGGCUGCCCCGCCUGGAGCUGCGUGCGACACGGCGCCCGCCUCCGCCUCCUCCCCUGCCCGCCCGCCGGCCCUCCUCCCGCCGCCGCCGCCUGCACCACGCAACCUCCGCCCUCUCGCCUUCCCUGCGCGGCUCCCCGCCCUCCCGGCCUCACCGGCUCCGGCGACCGCGGGAGAAGCCGUGGGGGAGGGCCGGAACGCACCGCCAUCGGCGUCCGGGGAGGGGGAGCCGGGAAACCGCCGCCGCCAUCGCCCCGCUCGCCCGAGGCGCGGGACGGGCCCGGAAACCUCCCGCCCGCCCGCGGCGGCCGGCGACCUGGCUGGCCCUCGGCGGCGGCCCCGCUUGCGGGGCGCUAUCUACCUGCGAGCCGCGGCCCCUGCCCGGGCGCCCAGCCGUCCCGCGCGGCGCGCCGGAUCCGCCGCCGGGUUUUGCAGCCGCCCCCACCGCCGGGCCACCUCCGGAGGCCGGGUUCCCGCCACUUCGGACCUGUCGAGUGGGCUGACCUUGGGCGGGGGGCUCCGGGUCCGGGAGAAACUUCCCGAAGGAGAGGGGCUUCCGCCGCCCCUGCGCGCACACAGCCCGAGCUGGCAAGGGACGCAGCUGCACCCAGCCAUGUGCCUCCGCUCCGGGGGACAGACCCCGGCCGAGUGGAGCAACCCCGAGACGCGCAGAAAUGGGCCAGGCUCCGAGAGCCGCGCCGGGCCCUGACCCCUGCACCUGCCCGCCGCCGGGCCGCCUGAGACCCGGGCUCACCUGCAAGUGUGUGUCCCGCUUUUUCUAACGCUUUCUCCAAAAGGACUGAACCAGUCCUUCAGCCGACUUAUUUUUGGCAAGUUUUAACAAAAACUCAGCUUACCCUUAGUCUCCGUCAGAAGAGAUGGUGGCUGGACUUGGAGGCUUUGAUGACACAAAGGGGUGGCCUGCGCUGUUACUGUGAGAAUCGUUUUCACGUGUAGUCGGAAGUAGUUACUGUCACUGGUUGGAAAUUAAAUCAUGAUUGGGGCUUUGGAAUGUUCAAACUAAGUGGGAAUUUUGGCAGCACGACUAGCCAGUGGGCUUCCUGUGGUGACGAGCUGGGGAGAGAGUGGACUUAACCCGUACCUAGGUGGAGGCAGGUGUUCCGAUGCCCUGGCUCCGCGAUUCCAUGGACAGGGGCAGGGCAGGAGUUCAGAUAGCGCGUCGUCUGGGUCAGACAUGUGGCGGAUGCGACUUCCUGUUCUCUGCAAACUAGAACACUGCGGAGACCCCCUGCCAGAGCAGGGGGCGGCCCAGGGUCCUCGCUGUGUCCUAAGUAACUUGGGUUUCUUGCAGAAGAAACAUCCUACUGCCAAAACCUGCAGGUGGUUGAGACAGGAAGUAGGGGUGGCUCUUACCUUGCACGGAACUGGAUAUAAUCCACCCCCCACACCCUGAGAUUGUGCUGCAGGACAAAUUAUGGAAUGGAAGUCUGACUCCUGCUGAGCACCUGUCAGUAUUCAAAACAGUGGAGCAUUUCUUCUGAAAUGAGACCACAGGGGCUGUGACCUUCAUGUGACAUUGGGCCCCACAGCAUAUCAAUCUACAGUGGUUGCCUCACUGGGUGCAGCAACGUGUGCCUCUGGAAGCAGCUUCUUGGGAGACUGAGCCACGCGGAGCACUUGAUCCCAGGAGAUAAAGGCCAGCCUGGGCAACAUAAUGAGGUCUGUCUCAAAAAUAAUAAUAACUAUUACUAUUAUUAAAAUGGUUGCCUCUCCAUAAAAAGACCAUAAAAGACACACUCCCAAUAAAAGGCAAAAUAAAGAUUCUCUAUUUUAAAAGAAAUAAAAGGAAGGUGAAAUAUAGUAGAAAUAUUGUAGAAGAAAAACUGCUAGGUUUAAUUAAGAUUUCUAGCUGCUUAGAAAAAUGACGUAGUUAAGGUUACAAGCAUGUGAAUGAACAGGGUCAGGUUAAGUGUGUUUUUAUCCAAAACAUUUGGGUAUAGACUAAUUAUUGUAAGAAAGGAAUGAUGUUAAAUCAGAUCUCAGCAGUAAUUUUUUAGAAUCUGGUGAUUAAAACAAAUGUUAAAGAAGAAUGGAGAGAGAAGGAGAAAGAUAAGGAAAAGGAGAGGUGGAAGGAAAAAAAGAGGAAGAGAAGGAGGAGGGAGAAAGUUUUAAGAUUUAAGAAUUUCUGCGUUUCUGAGGCAUCUUUAGCCUGACUUUUAAGUUCCCCAAACUUAUCGUUUACACACAUAUUCAACAGGCAGUAAGUUUAACAUGCUGAGGACAUCGUAAAAAGAAAACUCCAAAUCAUAAAUAUAAUAUGAUAUGCAGUACUAGGGAUUUUUUUUAAAUCAUUACAUUAUGUUUGUUAAAAGUACUUUUAACAGAACUAUUUGAAAAUGGCACUUUGUUAAGAGAUGAGUUUUCUGAACAUGUCAGUUUUUCAUCCUGACUUGUAACAAUGAAAAUAAGAAUGCAAAGAGUUAUUUGCCUACUUUAAAAAAGUAAGCAAGGAUAUGAGAGCUGCCAAAGUCAGCUGCCAUCCUUUAAAAACAUUAUUUGCAUAGGUAAAAUUGUAUAUUUAAUGUGCUUCAUGUCACUUCAGUGCACCCAGUGAGACCUCAGCCUCUGAAUUGUCACAGUCUUGGGGCUAAUAUUCUUUAUAAUGGCUUUAAUAUAUGCACAAUUUUUUAUGCUCCUCCUUUAAAGAAAUGGAACCAAAUUCCUCUUCCCUUGAGUAUGUCCUGGACUUAGGACUUGCUUCUAAUAAAUAGAAUAAAGCGGAAAUGAUGAUGCGAGUCUCAGGAAACUUGGUCCUUGAAGGUAGCAUGGAUUCUCCCUUGCUUUACUCCUCCUU